AUGGUUUUUUGCAAAAUAAUAAUUUUUUCAUUCAUAACUAUCAUAUCGAUAAUUGUCUAUUGUAGUGAGUUGUUAUCUGAGUAAUUUCAGAUUUUAUGUGCAUUUUCAGACAAGCGAAAAGGAGUGAAACCGAUUGGAAAAGCGGGUGGAGGAGGAAAAAAAGGGUAUAAAAGUGGAAGUGGAUCAAGUACGCCGACUUCGAAAGAUGAAAAAGAGAAGGGUUUGUCGAGAUUUGAUGAGAAAAAGAAGCAGAAGACUGAACUUGAUGAGUGAGUUUGCGGAACUUGAAAAUGCGCCGCCCAGUCCGCCAUUUAAAUAUGACAAUUUCGACGAGAAAAAAUAACAGCUGCAUGGCCGAGUGGUCUGCACGCCUGCCAACCAAUCAGUCGCUUUUUGCAGACCCAGGGUUCGACCCCACCCGCCAACCUACUUUUUUUUUAUUUUUUUUAAUGUAAAAUUUCAAAUUUCAACAUUUUCCAGCGAUGUUUUCGCUGAACUCGCCAAAAAAUUGAAGAACAAAGAGAAGACUGAAAAAACGGAAUCAUUGAAACAAAUCAGCGGUGAACAAAACCCGCUUUAUAAUCAGAAAUCCACGUGUACAAAUGACACGGUUAAACCGGCAAAAUCGCCAAAUGAUCCGAAUAUUCGAACUGAUAAAACGCAAGAGGAGUCGAAAAAAAUGGAAGUUACGAAAACUCAGAAAACCGAAAUGCAACAUUCUUAG